UUCCUCCUUUUUAUGCUGUCUUUCUCUUUUGCCAUCUUUUCCUUUUUCUCUCGCUCUCACAGACACAAACACACACAACAGACAGACAAAUUAACCAACAUUUUCUCAGCUUCUGGCAUGAGCUCAUAUGUUCAUGGGAUUUUCAUGCGGGGAGGAUCAUUUUGACGAAAAAGAGAGCGAGUUUCCCUUGAUAGAUGAGACCAGUGCAACACAAGAACAAAACAGUAUCAUCAUGGAAGUGCAUCAUCAUCUUCAAGGGGUUGCUGAUAAAAGCACUGAUUUCUGCCCAGUUGAACACCCUAUGGAGCCACCAGAUGAAGAUCGUCCCGUGAAAUGCCCAAUGCCCGAGUCUUCAGUUAUCAAUGAUGAAAGGAUGCAUGAAAAGAGGUUUGCAGAAAGCUCAAAGAAAAGAAUAGAGACAACCAGGGUCGUGGUGAAUGGAGAAAGAACGACCACCAUGGACGCAGAGCCUCCAGCUCGAGGAGUAAGAAAGCGGCAUCACACCCUCACACACGAAGGAGGAGACCUUGUGAUGACUCCAUUAAUGAGAAUGCCACCUCUUCCUCCCCUACCAUCCCAAAAUAUCACCAUCUUUCAGGUGCUUCAGCAGUUGGACAAGUUUGAGUCUUAACAGAGAAAUAAAUUCCAUCACAACAUUCCAUGUACGUAACGAGGGAUGCAUUCUGGUUAUAAGCUGAGUAAGCUUCAAUAGAGCAACAAAAAAAAAACAUUGGAGCAGCAAGACCCCAAGUACUACUCAUCAUGUGUGGGUCGUUAAAAAAUGUACCUCAUGUUUUCUACUUAUUCCAGAUAUUUUUAUACUUCGGUGUUUGCAAAUGUGCAUAUUAUACAAUUCAUCGUGCAGAGGCAUGUUGGAUAAAUACUUAUGGUGUUAAGGUAAAAUUUUUGGAGAAAUGCUAGCAAAUUUUAAUGAAUGAAA